AAGCAUAGGAAGCAAAAGCAAGACCGCAUGGGAGAAUGGCGGCAAAGGAUCACUCUCAGGCCUCAAGACCAAAAGCCAACGACACAUCAACACCCAACACCAACGCGUUGAAACUAGCAACCCAAGUGCGAUUACCUCUACAAGCUACUCGCAGAUGCUGCACACAUACAAGGCAGAGAGAGAGAGAGAGAGAGAGAGAGAGAGAGAGAGACUGAUAUCUAGUCCCAAUCUUACUUUGGUCUGCUUACCUUGUUUCUCUACCGCUGGGUCUUUGGCAGUUCUUAAAAGGCAUAUUUAGGUUCCAGAAAUCUUCUUCCUCUAAUUUCUUUUUGGGGGCUAUUGAACUCUUGGUUGAAGGAACAGGUUGUUUCCCGUUUGGGGAAAAGUGGUUUUCUUGAUAAUGGAAAUAGAUAUCAGUACUGGGUUUGUUGCAGACAAGGCAACAGCGGGGAGUGGUGGCUGUGUCUCUGGCUCUAACAAACUCCAACGUACUGAAUCCUUGCCUUAUAAAAUGAUGACGAUGCAUCAUAAUCUUCCACUUCCUUCUUCUGGGUGGUCUCAGAAUAAGAAUGGCGCUGAGGAUGAGGAUGUUGGUGCUGUUGCAGGUGGUGGGGUUGGGCCCAUUUCUCAUAAUGGAAUCUAUAAGGAGGAGGAAGGUGAGGGUGGUGGUGGUGGUGGUGAUUGGGGUUCAGCGACGAGGACUGUACCGUCUUUUAGCACUAAUGCCUUCGAAUCCCCUGCAGGAGUUAUGGCGCCUUAUCUGGGGUUUCCUUUUACUUCAGCUCAGUGGCAGGAGCUUGAGCGACAGGCUUUGAUCUACAAGUAUAUGAUGGCAUCUACGCCUGUUCCUCCUAAUCUCCUCAUGUCCAUUUGCAGAAAUCUCUCAGACACUGUUGCAGCUAGUCCCCACUCUGCCCUUGUUGCUCGGAGUUCUUGUUUCAAUCUACGAUUCUCGAGCGGAAUGGAUCCUGAGCCGGGAAGGUGCCGCCGAACCGAUGGAAAGAAAUGGCGGUGCGCAAUAUAUGUUGCGCCUGAUCAAAAGUACUGUGAGAAACACUUGCACAGAGGUCGUCCCCGUUCAAGAAAGCCUGUGGAACAACAUCAACUAGCCGAAAUUAAGAAGCAUGAAGGCAACAAUAUGCGCUCGGCUCCAUUGACACCUCAGACUGCGUCUCCAUAUUUUCCCAACAUUACAACUAAUACUACAACUACCACCGAUCAGCUUUCAGGGCUUCUAUCCCGGACAGAUUUCAAAGCUUCCCCUUUCGAUAACUUAGCUCCUCUUCCAUCGUACAAGGAACCCAGGAGUGUGGACUGGAUGAUGAGAGGGGAAGCGGUUCCCCUUGCUGCAUCGAAUCAACACUGGGCGCAAAAGGCGCAGUUGAAAACAAAUUUCGCUGCCUUCCGACAGCCUUACGAAGCAGAGCUGAGCUUGGAAACUUACUCAAAUUUUGGUGGUGGGGAAGGAUCAGGAGCUCGCCAUCAGAAUGAUAAGGGCUUCUUGUUUCUGAACCCCGAAAUAACUUCCUUAUGUGAACCUUCAAGCCCUGAACAUCGACAUACGCCCAGGAGAUUCAUCCACGCGUGGUCGAGCCCAGCAAGAAAUAGCACCAGAAAUGAAGGGAAUAAGUUUUCAAUUUGUUCAGACGGGAAGCUGUCACCGUCUGCCCUUACACUGUCAAUGUCCGGUGGCAAUUUCUCUAACGAAGACAAGGAUCAGAUCCAAAUGGGUCUUGGAGUAAUUGGUUCCUGGAUACCUUCACCACCCGGUGGCCCCUUAGCUGAAGUCCUGCGACCUAGCUCUGCAGGGUCAGAGUCGCAUGGCUGCUGUGGUGGUGGCAAGAGUAGCUCAUAUUGCUGCGGUGGGCUCAAUUUCAAUUUGGUGUCCGGUGACUGGGGUACUAGUGGUGAUAGCCCUAUAGCAACCACUGCUUCAUCUCCAUCAGAAAUGCUGCAACAGACCAUGGCAUCUGUCUCAGAUAGCAGUGGUAGCAGCAGUUCCACGUUCAAGGUUGGCGCAGCAAAGUCGGAGAUGGCGUUUCAGUGGCUGAACCAGGGUAAAUAACUUUCCCAUCCCCUGCUUGUGGGAACGUAAUAUCUGCUGCCUCCAUUUUUAAUCUCUUUAAUUCUGUCUUUAGUUCGCCAUUGAAAGAAGAAAAAGAUGUAUUUUUUCCUUUUGUUUUCUUGCGCUAUUAUCAACCAUAAUGAUAAAGAUCUUCAGGGA